CCGCGAAUAGCCAGUUGUGAGCGGGCGGAUAGUCCCGGAGGCAAAUUGCCCAGAGUGGAAGCCAAGUCGAAUAAGCUUUGACAGGGCUUGCCUGGGUCAGACUGGUACACAACCACGACACUCUGACGACAGACCCAGAGAAUGAGGGGCAUAAAGAGUGGAUCGGUGUCUUUUCGCUCAACUCCCUUCAAACAAAAACAAUCAUCACAAACUGCGAGCAGCAAUGGUAUACUGGGGAUGCUACUACCAUCACCCCAGCUCUGGGAGCUGGAGGUAUCUGCCCCAAGUGGCCCUCCAGGUUCAUGCCACCAUCUUGUCCACCACCUCACGCACCACCCUCACCCAGAUAUUCACCAACCGCACCUCCGAGGCCAUCAGCGAGGUCGCUUAUCGCUUUCCCCUCUAUGAAGGCGUCAGUAUCGUGAGAUUUCAGUGCCGUGUGGGCGACCGAAUCCUACGCAGUGAGGUCCGGACCAAAUACCAGGCCAACCAGGACUAUCAGAAUGCAGCCAGCCAGGGCCAGUCGGCAGCCGUCCUCGAUCAGUCUGGCCAGGAGUCGGAUAUCUUCCUGUUGCGAAUCGGAAACGUUACGCCCCAUGCCCUGAUCACGGUCGACAUAACCUUCGUCCACGAACUCCAAACAGAUAGCCAAACCGAUGGCAUCCGCUACACUUUACCGAAUGCUAUUGCACCCAGAUACGGGGUUACGGCAUCUGACGACAUCCCAUUCUCAUAUGAUCGGUCCAUCGAGCAGAAAGGUCUCGCCAUCACAGUAGACGUCAAGAUGGAGAAAGGAUCCGCUAUUCGCGAAGUUCAAUCCCCCAGCCAUCCCGUCCACGUCUCCCUCGGUCGCAUUUCCUCCUCAGAGACAUCCGCCGACUUCGCACCCCAUCAUGCAUCUGCAUCGCUACGCCUGGAGCAGGAACACCCACUUCUGGAUCAAGAAUUUGUGCUGAUUGUCAAAGCGGACAACACGGACUCGCCACGCGCUCUUCUGGAGUCGCAUCCCACCAUCCUAAGCCAGCGAGCCCUAAUGGCCACACUGGUUCCCAAGUUCCACCUGCCCCCGGCGCGUCCAGAAGUGAUCUUCGUCGUCGAUCGAAGUGCUAGCAUGUCAGACAAGAUCUCUACCCUACGAUCCGCUUUGCAGGUCUUUCUAAAGUCUCUACCUGUCGGGAUUUCGUUCAAUAUCUGCUCGUUCGGUAGUAGACACUCUCUCCUCUGGUCGCGGAGUCAAGUCUACAACUCCGUGAGCUUACACAGAGCACUGGCUCUCGUCGAGACAAUGAGCUCUGAUAUGGGAGGAACCAAUAUGCUCGAUGCCGUUGAGGCAGUCGUGAAGAGUCGUCUCAAGAACCAGGACCUGGCGGUACUCAUUCUCACCGAUGGUGAGAUCACCCGCCAAGAAGAGCUCUUCCACUUUGUCCGGGCCACGUCCGCCGAUCAUACCGCCCGUUUCUUUACCUUAGGCAUUGGCGAAGCCGUCUCACAUGCAUUAAUUCAGGGUGUUGCCCGGGCUGGGAAUGGGAUUGGCCAGUCAGUGCUUGCAUAUGAAGAGCUCGAUCGCAUGGUAGUGCGCAUACUGAAAGGUGCCCUUGGUCCACACAUUUACGAUUACACCCUGAAGAUACAGUAUGACGACGCGGAGGGAGACUUCAACAUGGUGGACCACGACCCAGAGGAGACAGAGACGGAAACGCUCCAUGGGGAAAUUACGACGCCCAGUGAUGACCAGAAGCUGCCCCAAAAGCCUAUCCUCCUCACCGUCUACCUUCUUCUCAACUCAACCCGCACCCCACAAUCCCUCUCCGUACACGCCACCUCCAACCACGGUCCACUCGAGCUACAAGUCCCCAUCGAAGACAUCGGCUCCGGCGAAACCAUCCACCAGCUCGCGGCCCGGAAAGCCAUCGUGGAGCUUGAGGAGGGGCACGGCUGGCUCACGCAUUCUUCGUUCGAACCCUCAACCAAAUCAGCCCUCGCCAUCCUUGAAUGCCAGCGCCUCGGACUCAAAUUCCAGGUCCCAGGCGAACUUCUUCACCCAUGGACCAUCACGCUCGCGGUGGUUUUCGUGGUGGACUUGGUGGUAGCCCUCGUGGUGGCGCUCGCGGAGGUCUUUGAGGUAUACAUCUACUGGAGGAGAGGCAAGAUAUAUGUCUACUGGAGAAGAGGGGUUUUCGUUCCUGCCAUCCCCUCCCUCCAGAAGUCCGGAUACACUUCCACAUACCACAAGCCCACGAAUAUGUCGCGAACAAUUGGCAGGCCCUCCGGCGCGGCGACUCGCGGCUGGUCCAGCCCGUCCGGCAAAAGACAAACCUUCGAUGGAACCUGGCUCUGGUCACCCGCACUUUUCGCUUCCCUGGAACUGGACCAAGAAAAGACCCGUACGCAGCUAGCACAGUGGCUCACCGAGGAAGGUCAGUUCGUGUCAGCGGACUUCCCACAGGGAGACGAUGCCACGGUCCUUGCUACCCUUCUGGUGAUUGCUCAUCUGGAAGAGCGGUGUGCCAGUACAAGGGAUAUUUGGGAUUUGAUGAGAGAGAAGGCUGGGGAGUGGGUGCAUGAGAAGACGGCCCGGAUGGAUGAAAGGGGGGUGAAAUUGCUGGGGUUGAGGAACAGGAUUCGGGGCAUUGUAAUGUGGGGUGGUGGAUAG